AUGGCGGAGGAGACGAAGAUGUGCGAGCCGUGGGGGGAGAAGGAGCGACGCGAGGGCUUGGACUGGCCGUCGGCCAUAAGCCCGCGGGCAGAAGAAGUUCUAGCAUGCAUGCAGUCCGAGCAGUGGCGAGACCUCAUCGGGGACUAUGAAGAGGCUCACAACCUGCGACUGCCCAAGGCCAUUGGCCGCAGCGGACAGAACCACGCCGGCAAGGAAGCACGCAAGGUGUCGACCGUCACCAAGCAGUCAACGUCGAGGUCUAGGAAGAGCUGGUCACCUCGUUCUCGAGCCAGGCGAUCGACGUCGCCCAGCCAGCGCCGCUCCAUCGACAGGUCCCUCUCGCCCGAGCCCAAGGGCACGGCAGGAGAGAGGGGCCAGCUGCACCGCGAUGAGGACGAAGAGGCCUACGAGGUCAACAAGGGAGGAGGGGAAGAGGGACUCAAGAACGACUCGGAGGAGGAGGAGGAGGUGAUCGGCGGUGGACACGAGGGCGAGGAGGAAGGGCAACAGGGUGACCACGUGGACAGGGCGACGCUGCAGGAGGGGUUUAUCUUCGCGGAGGCCGGGACGCUGGUGGGACCGGCCGAGUUCAUGCCAACGGACAUGGGCCUGGCGACGGAGGGCAACGCGACGGCCGAGAUAGAAGGCGAGCAGGACGCCGCUGACGGAGCCUCGUCUGCCUUGACGGCGGCGUCGGUGGUGGCUCGCAGUUCCUCCAAGACCCACCAGCUGCUGCUGCUGCCACCCGCACCGCCGAGGGUGCGGAUGCCGGUGCCGACCGCCCGUUGCCUGCGCAUGCUUCUCAGCGUGCUGAAGCACAACCCGGCGGGGGCGGUUCAGGAGGUCGGCGUGCUGCUCAUGCUGCACGCCGCGGCCAUCGAGGUGGCGAAGCCGACCCCUGCAUCUGCCGACGGGGCCGCUGACCACCCCAACGAGACCCCGUCCGCACUGGUCCCUGCCAAGGGUGGUGUCGGUGCCGGGACGGCGAGGGCGAGGCACCAGACGCGUGUCAAGCAGCGCGAAGAGAGCGCGAAGCUCAAGCGGAGGGUCGACGAGGCGGCCGCCGUGCUGGCCAUCGCGCUCACCGCCGCGAAGACGAGCGGCAUGCGGACACCGCGGGGUGCGGGCGUAGCAGUCAUCGCCAAGAAGAAGGGCGGCCGCAAGACACGCUUCCGGCACCAGCUCCGGCAGCCUCCGAACGUCGAGGAUGGCCUCCAGGUGUGGGCCGCGACGCGAGGCCGGGAGGUGUUCGGGUUGAGGGAACUCCUCGGCCUGUCGGAGGGGGAGCCGCCGGUCGUCCAGCCGUCGCCGUCGCAUGCUCAGCUAGUGCGCGACCGCGUCGCCCGCAUCUCCGCCAGGAAGGUGGAAAAGGCCCUGCCGGAAGCUGGCCAUGUUUUGGAGUUCAUCUCCUACGCUGUGGGCGCCGUCGUUGGGGUGAUUACCACCGCUGGCGAUUCGAAUGAUGCAGACGCACUGGUCGAUCUCGACAGGCCCUCCACUGCCGGUGGCGGCAACCUCUUGACCGGCGGCAAGGGCGAGUCCUCCGUGGCAGGCGCAUCUCUAAGCGCAUCUUCGAGCGACCCUAAGAUCUGGGCGUCGACGACCUCGGGCUCGGACGCCGUCGUCGCUGCCGGCGACCUCGCGAACGGCGGCGGUAGGGACGGGUCCCCGGCGGCUGGUGCAUCUCUCAGCGCGUCUUCAAGCGACCCUACGAUCUGGGCGUCGACGACCUCAGACUCGGAGGAUUCCGCCGCCGCCAGUGCCGGCAGCAUCGAGGGCGAUGAUAAGGAUGGGUCCCCGGCGGCAGGUGCAUCUCUCAGUGCGUCUUCGAGCGACCCUAAGAUCUGGGAGUCGACGACCUCGGACUCGGAGGACGCCGCCGCCGCCAGUGCCGGCAGCAUCGAGGGCGAUGAUAAGGAUGGGUCCCCGGCGGCACGUGCAUCUCUCAGUGCGUCUUCGAGCGACCCUAAGAUCUGGGAGUCGACGACCUCGGGCUCGGAGCAGUGCGCCGACUUCGCGCCAGGAUCCCUCUCUGCCGAAGACCCUGUCGCCUGGAAGCCAUCGAUGUCAGGCCCCGCGCAGUGCGUUGAGGGUUCACCCCGCAGCCUUGCCAGCCAUGACACCGCCGCUGAAAUCGGCUCGACCCAGGGUUCAUGCACCACCUCAGCUACCUGUGGGGGCGGUGACGGCGGUGCUGCUCUUACUGCGCCGGAGGCACCGGCCUUCGACUUGGAGCGGGAUGUCACGGACAGCUGCUUGGGCCUCCGGGGGAAACACGACGCAGAUUCCUCACCUCUGGUCAGCCCGUCUCCAAGCCGCGACGAUGCCGCCGUAGCCGCCGCCGGUGCCUGCGCAGGAGGUGCGCUGGUUUCGGUGCCGGGGGAGACACCUUCCUUGGUUGUUUCUUCCUUCUCCGAUGACGCGGUGGCUGCUGCCGCGACGCGGGAGGCGUCCAGUGGUUCGAGGAAGCUCGCAGCCCCGCGCCAGCCGCUUUUUACCCUUGCCGAAAGUGACGACGAGGAUUUCCCUAGCUCUGCUUCUUCGGGCACCCAGGUCGUGGUCGUCUGGAAGAGACCGAAGUCCCACGACGACUAUUUCCAGCAACAGAAGCCUCGCACCAGUGCCAGCGGAGCUGGUGCUGCUGAUGCUCUUGCUGCAGCAGAAGACUCGCAGAACGGGGAGAUGUGGACCGUGGACCCCCUCGGGGAUAUCAUGGGUGACAUACCGUUGGUGACGGAGGACGGCGAGCGCAACGCCUGGGACGAUAUCCUCGAGGAGCAACUGUCCAAGUGCAGGCCCCUGCAGGACCGCGCCGACCGUUCCCCAGCCUCGCCGUUGAUCAACCAGAGGUUCUACUCUGACAGAGGCAACGGCGGCGGCCCGAUCACCACCACCGCGGGAGACGGGUCGGCAGCCUACACACACGAUGCAUCCUCCGACAUCGACCCGUCCUCCCAGCUGCACGGGCGAGAGAGCCAGACUUGGGAGAACAACUACGGCUACCGCAGGUGGGAGGAGCCCGACCCGACCAACACCAGCUUCAUCCCGGAGGCUCCACAGCAACGGUCGACGCCGCCCGGCGGCACCUUUCGACCUCUCGAGCUUAGUCCAUCGGGUGCCCCCGUCACCGGUGGCAGGGUUAGGGCGAUGCUCAACGCCCGCGUCGCGAGUCGUUCGCAGGACGGCGACUUGUCGGGUGUGCUGGAGCAGCGGGGGUUGGACUACGGGGCGCAGGGGCACGACGCUGUGGGAGAGAACGGAUUCAAGGGUGGCUCGCCGACCGGAGGGUACGACGACCCGAACAUCUACUGGGCCGAAGUAACCGCGGGAGCAACGAGGGAGGUCGCCGCUGAGGCUGCCGAGCGAGCCGCCUCCGCGGCAGAAGCGUACGAGCAGAGGAUGAGAACCGGGCGCGGCGGCCAUGCUUCCGGCGAGUGGCUGGAGGCGAGAUCGUCGGCGAUUGCGGCGGGAUCGAUCGCGAGGGUGGCGGCGGCCACGGCCGCGCGGGCCGCCCAGUUGAAAGCAGCAUCGGCGCCAGCAGCAGCACAGCAGGGUGGUGGUGGUGGUGGUGGUGGCCACCACCACCGCCUGCACUUGCCGCAGCGUGAAGAAGACCGGUGGGAACAAGCAUCGGAUCGACGACCGUGCCGUGACGAACCCGACGGUAACGACGACACCGAGCAGGGGAACGCCAUGCCGUCGCUAAGCGCCUUCUACACGGUCGACGUCAACGUCGCCGACUGGGACUGGUCGUCGGUCGGAGGUGAUAAACGGAUGUCCGACGUCGGACGAAGCGCAGGCGUCUUGGAGGGUGGGGGACGAGAAACGGGAUGCGGUCCCGAGUCUCUCGGAGAGAGCUCGACAAAGAGAGCGACGGGUUUCGGUAUGGCCACAACCCUUCGGUGCGGCAAGGCGUGGGGUUCGAUUGCGUGCGAGUCCAACCUCUCCGUCCAGCGGCACGUGGAGAAGAGGAAGGGACACAUGGGCGGAUCCCUGGCCCAGCUGUGCGAAAAAAACGAGCUCAAGAAGAGGAGAAGGGAGCAAAGACGCCGCCAGCCGGAGGUGGAGGACGACAUGAGGCUUAAGUCGACGACGUCGAAGUGGUCGUGCCAGCUAACCAACAGACAGCACCGGCACCAGCAGGAGGAGGAGGAGGAGGAGGAGGAGGAGGAGGAGGAGGAGGAGGAGGAGAAGGAGGAGAAGAAAGGCAGGGAGACGAACGGGCGCUCGCUGCUGGGAGGGGCGGGAAGCGCCUUGUCGGCCGCCGGUACCGAGUCAGUCCAGACUCCCCCGAUCACGCCCCACGCCUUGGCGCCGUCGUCGUACCGGCUGAGCGACCAGCACGCUGAGAUGACGCGGCUCUGGCCGACAGCACUCCUCGUCGCCUCCAAGUCCCUCAUCGCGGACGUUCCAGGGCUGGAGGAGCACGGGCGACGGUCGUUCAAAGAGGCCCUCGAGCAGUCAGUUCGUCGGGGGGUGAUGGGCCGCCCCCGCUCGCCCGAGACACGACGCUAG